CGCUUGUUUCCGAUGACAGAUUGCCCAACCCAGGAAGGGUGCGAGGAGAGGGACGAGGAGAGGCUUGUGCUUUUAACGUAUUACACAGCAAACGGCUUAAGGGUAGCGCGACACUUCCAUGUGAGACGGGGAAAACCACAAAGAUGACCGCUGGCUCCCGUGAAAUGGACGUUAAAUACUGAUUCAGCUCUCAGGAUAAUAUUUUCGAAGAUAAAUUUUGCUACAAAAGUUUAAUAAAUAAUAAUAAAACAAAAUGGAUUCAGACAUGUCGAUGCACGCAAGCUACGCCUUUAAACACACCUGCUGGGGAAUCCUGUUGCUUUUCCUGGCUGGAGGUGUCGCUGACUGCUCUGUGGUUGUCACAGUGUCUGGUCCCCAUGUGGCUAAGGUUGGCAGCAAUGUGACUCUGAAUGUGUUCAUUACUGGUGCUACCAGGCCCACCAUAGUGUGGGCGAUGGGAGACAUCCCUGUUGUGACCUGGACGCUGGGCUCCAGCUCUCCCCCUGACAUCUUGGACCCUGGCGGAGUGCUGAGCAUCGAGAGGGAUGGGUCUCUGUCCUUCCACAACGUGCUGCUCAACUACAGCGCCACGUACACCAUCCGCGUGGUGGAGCUCGGCGUGGGAUCCAACACCUCCACCUUCACGCUCCGAGUGUUCGAUGACAUCAGGAACGUAUCUGUGAGCACAGAGCCAGUGAAAGCUGUAGAGGGCGCCAGCACACUCACCCUGACCUACAGCAGCUUGCAGGGAGAGGCCACUGAGGUGAAGUGGUUCUUUAACGGCGCGGAGAUCAAAAACGGUGCCCAUUACGUCAUCAGCGGUAACAGACUGAUGAUCAGGGGACCCACCCGAAAUGACACCGGCCGAUACACCUUGGUCCUGAAGAACCCUUUCAGCUCUGAGACCGUUCACAAGAACAUCAGCGUGCACUAUGGCCCGGAACGGCCAGUUCUGGAGGUCCACCCACCAAAGGCCUUCUUUGUGUCCGGAGACUCUGUCAUGCUCUCCUGCCAUGCUGAUGGAGACCCUUCUCCCAUUGCAUCAUGGGUGUUCGGAGGUCUGACCCUUCCUGCUCAAGCCGGAAUGCUUAACCUUACCAGCAUCCAGAGCAGCCAGUCCGGUGUGUACAUUUGCGUCAUGCUCAAUAAUGAGACAGGAGACCAGCUGGAGAAGAGCGUCACCAUCCAGGUCUAUGAGCGUCCCUCUGGCGACCCCAUGUGUUCGGUUACGGGAGUGAAUGGAAACCAAGACCUGCAGUACCGCUGCCAGUGGGCAGGGGGCACCCCUGAGGCACAGCUCUCUUUCCCAGUUUUGAAUGCCACCAGCAGUGGGAGUGGGGACUUCAAUCUGACCAGGAAACCGUCUCAAGAUCUGAACGGGAAAGAGGUGACAUGCGUCGCCAGCCACCCCUUUCUCCAGAGAAACUGCAGUGUAACCGCCCGUGGCCCUGCGGACUUCCAGCCGUUGGUCUCCUCCAUGGUGGACGCAGACAAGAAGCUGGUGAUCACCAUCGCCUGUGCCAGCACAUCGUUGCCUGUGGCAACAGUCACUUGGUCAAAAGGCAACCAGAUCCUGACCAGUGGGGGGCGCUAUCAGAUCAGCAGCAACACCACUCUGCUCUUCAUCCUUGACUUCCACCUUAACAGCACAGAACUCGGCACCUAUACCUGCAACGCUGUCAACAUACUCGGCAACCAGACGAAUGACGUCUCCGUGCUGGGUCCCACUGUGUCUGACCUCGGCCUCUUCCCUAACCAGGAGGGCACAAUGGUGACGCUGACCUGGGAGACCCCUCGCACCUCCGUCAUCACAGGUUUCGAGGUUCAGAUGAUGGGUCCGAGCCUGCUGCCCAGCCCUGGCGGCAGGCAGCGGAGGAAACGGGCGACUAACGAGUUCGGCACAAUUCAGGAGAAGCCCAGCUCGGCUCGCAGCACUAACAUCUCGGGGCUCGACCCAAAAGCCACGUACAGGUUCCGGGUCAUUCCCACUGCCGGUGCCACCAGAGGACAGCCAUCGAAGGAGCUCCGCGCCGGCCCGGGCGGGGGUCUCAGUGGCCCCGCCAUCGCUGGCAUCGCAGCUGGGAUCCCCUGCGGCAUCCUCCUCAUCCUCAUCAUCAUCGCCCUCAUCAUCCUCUGCGUGGUGUGGAGGCGCAAACGUCGGCAGACGAGGUACCCUGUGUCCAGGGCGGUGGAGAAGGUGGUGGCGACCCAGCCCAACCUGAACACCCCACACACCCUGCUGACCGGAGGCCUGAAGACCUCAGCAGGACCACCUGACUACAGCGUGCACCUGGCGUCAGAGAGAUCCAGCACACUGCCGUCUGUGGUAUCACCUCCGCCUGUCCGAAUGGCCACCACAGUUUGAAACAAUGCUUUGAUGCUCUGAAGCAUCAGAAUAUCACCUUCAUUUUAGUUAUUACAAUGUUUCCUCAUUUAUUUUUCUUGUUAACUUUGCUUUUUUCUUAGAAAGCAGGUUUUAAAAUAAGUUCAUGUCAGUUUUUUUUUAAAUUUCACCAUGCAGAUUCCAGAUUCUAAAACUGAGAUCCUUAAAGGUUUGAAGCAUAAAUCUCAGGAAAAACUACAAUGUGCUAAUAAUUGGGCCAUAUGACACCUUUUCACAAAUGGAAUGCUAUGACCACAGUGCUGGGCGAAGCCGCCCACGUUAUUACGCAUGCAAACACAGGUGGGAUGAUCAUGAGGUAUUUGUAACGGAACACACCUUUAUGAAUCUGCCUUUGUGAAUGUAUGAAUGGUUUCCAAUGUUUUUAACGAGCGCUUUUCCACUAUUGGCACUAUUAUGUCUUGUAGAUACUGUAUAUUUAUUUUUAAUGAAUGUGACCAAAUAAUAAAAAA